CACAAAACCUCUGAGCUGGUCCAAGGCCUCGCCGGAAUUGACGCAAUCGACCUCGCCCCACGUCCGAAGGGAAUAGCAUCCGCGACCUAGUGUCUUGUCUUAGUGGCAUUGUCCUGGUUCGCCAGUCGGCCUCGAAGUCGCGCCCUCGCCUUCAAGCUGGUGCGGGUGGCUUAUUGGCGGUCGGGUCGUGCCGCCCUUUGCCGGGCCUCGCCACCCGACCCGUGGUCGUCGCUUUGGUCGCAGGUUCGCUCUGGACGGUGUUGGUUCCUAACCCGCCCCUCGACCCCCGGUCAGGCGGCUCCUGCUCAGCAUGGUAUGGUCUCUGUGGGUCAGCGACUUUGGACGCGACUCCAAAAGUUCUACUGGCCUUCGUCCCCGGGCGCCGCGCGAGCCCGCACCUUGCGGGCCCAAGACGCCAUCCACCCAUUAGAACUGACGUCAGAGGCUCAGAUUGGAUCCAGAUCCGCGGGAGGCGCCUCAGGCAGCCGAAGCCAUGGCGGCGGGCUCAUGCGUCAAAGGAGCCUGUCUGUGGCCGCAUUACCGCGGCCCACGGGCAUUCUGCCUCCGUUCUCGUUCGCUUCGGCCCAUCGGUUUUUGGUCAACUCUGUUUUGAAACGCGUCACCAACACGCAAGCCGCCAUUUUGAGACGGAAAACGGCCCAGCAACUAUUCACCGGACAGGCUGGACCUUUCUUAGCCUUGGUGGGCGUCAGUUUGGCUUCGGGCACGGGCUUGAUUACCAAGGAUGAUGAGGUCGAGUGCGUUUGUAGCGAGAUUCGGCAGGCUGCGGCUAAAAUGCAAGCCCUGGCGCAAAACCCCGCUCACAAUAUCGUCUCUCCAUCUGAUGCGAUUAAUCCGAUAGCGGAUUUAGAAACCACUUGCUUGCUAAAAGACUUUCAAAUCGGCCCCAUCGUGGCCAAGGGUUGCAAUGCCGUCGUCUUGGCCGCUCGUUGGGCUCGACAUAAAGUGGCGGACUUAAAUGAGGCCAUGCAAACUCUGGGCCAAGUCCCACCAGCUGUGGAAAUAGCAGUACCCGGACCUGCUCAGUCCGAUUCGAUCGUCCCACACGAAGAAGAGUAUCCCUUGGCCAUCAAGAUGAUGUUCAAUUAUGAGGCGGAAUCCAACGCCAUGGCUAUCAUCAGCGCCAUGAAUAGAGAGACUGUCCCAGCUCGAAAUGUGCGGGUACCGCCCCAUUUCGAGAGCUGGAUUGCGGCCAUGCGAGAGAAAAGCCCGACGUUACCACCACACCCGAAUAUUGUUGACAUGUAUACUGCCUUUGCGGACUAUGUUCCGGAAAUCAAAGAGGCAUUAAACAUGUAUCCUGAUGCUUUGCCUCGGCGGCUGAAUCCGGAGGGUUUGGGUCGAAACAUGAGUCUCUUUUUGGUAAUGAAAAAGUAUGAUAUCAGUCUCAAAGAUUUCCUGGCCCAGCAUAGACAGGAGGUGUCGUGGAAAACGUCCCUUCUGAUUUUGACACAAAUUCUAGAAGGACUUACUCACAUGUGGAGUCAUGGCAUUGCCCAUCGAGAUCUGAAGUCUGACAACAUUCUCUUGGAUUUAUCCGGCGGGAUCGAUUUCCCUCGGGUGGUGAUCACGGACUUCGGAUGUUGUCUAGCGGAUCGUAAUCAUGGCUUGAAGAUGCCUUACUCCUCUUUCGAGACUAACCGGGGUGGGAACAUGGCUCUGAUGGCACCUGAAGUGAUCACGGCUCAGCCUGGACCUUUCACCUCCAUCAACUACGACAAGGCAGAUGUCUGGGCUUGUGGGGCAAUCGCUUACGAGAUUUUCGGCAUGGCCAAUCCAUUCUAUCAAGAUAAUCACAAGUUGUUGAACAUGCAUUACAAGUCUAAGCAGUUGCCUUCUCUCCCUGAGGAUAUUCCAGAUAUCGUGAACAAUCUGGUUCGUGAUCUUCUCCGUAGGAAUCCUAAGAACCGUCUUUCGGCCGAAUUGGCUGCCACAAUUAGUCAGUUGAUUUUGUGGGCACCGAGUACUUGGGCGAAAGCGAAUGGCCGUAUUCCCAACACACAAGACGUACUUCAAUGGUUACUGACAUUGACAACGAAAAUCCUAUGCGAAUCAAGAUUCGCUAAUGAUGGGAAAGCCUUGCGCGAAUACCAAUUGGUGGCGACAUUUCUAUCUCGAAUGUCCCUGUCCAGGGUUAAGGAGGCGCUCCAAUGGAUGAAAAAUAACGCAGGGUGAGCUGUUUAUGCGUCCAAACAAUUGAAAUAGUUUUAAAAGAAGUGUAAGUUUAUUACAAAAAUGAAAGCGAUUCAAAAUAAAUAUCAAUGGGUCAAAUUUCCACUCUGA